AUGUGUGGGUUGCAAAUCUCGAGUAUGGUCCACCCAGCGUGUCAGUCACCUCAUCCACACUACGACACCUAUGAUGCCAUCCUAACCUGCCACAGCCAUCCUGACAAUGUAGUGAUAAAGUCGGCUAGUCAAGUGCUGCUUCAUAAUCAGACGAAACAUCUCACCGCCUUGCGAGGCAAUGAAAGCAUUCGGCAAAUGGUUGAGACCAUCGAGUCUCCGCCUUUCAUUGUACCAGAGUACGCAGAAGAAGACCUCCGAAGCUUGUCAAUACGCAGGAAGCUAGAAAGGGCAGAGAUAAAGACAAUCGCUCGACAGAUUUUAGAGGCACUGGCCUUUGCGCAUGCAAGAAAUAUAGUUCAACCAGACAUCAAACCACAGAAUAUUAUGCUCUCUGGAUUUACGCCCGAGUUCAAGUGCUCUAAAGCAUCCGUCAACUAG